AUUUUGUUGAUAGUAGAUCUUUAUUCGUUUGAAUAGCGUACAAAAUGGACCUAACUAAGUUACCAAACGAGAGAAAAUUGUAUCUUUGCAAGUGGUACUUUUACGCUGGUUUUGCUUUGCUACCAUUUCUAUGGGCAGUGAACGCCAUUUGGUUUUUUAAACAAGCAUUUAUUGUGCCUGCGUAUGAAGAACAAAAACUUAUAAAAAAAUAUGUAAUUUUCUCUGGCAUUGGGGCUAUAUUAUCAGCAUCAUUAUACAUUUCGUGGAUCGUAGUAUUUCAAACUCAACGAACACAUUGGGGUGAAUUAGCUGAUUCCAUUACUUACCUUUAUCCAGCUGGAAGUCCAUAAUGAUUUAGAUCAUUUAAAUUAAUUAUAAGUAUUGAGGAUAAAUAAAUAUUUAUAUAUAACACCAUAAAACUAUUGCAAAGUUAUGCUUUAUUAGAGACAUACACAAUCCAGUUUAUCAACUUGUCUUGUGUUUCUCUUGAAUUUUGUUUUUUCUUUCCAUUAUUUGUUAAGAUAGGAAGUUAUUGUUUGUUUAUAGUGAACUAAAUAAAUUAUUUGUAUUAUUGACUCUUUACAGUAUAGAUAAUUAUAUAAUAAUUCAGAAGUUGCUUAUCACUGAAAAAUUUGCAGCAUCAAAUGUAAGAGGGGCCUAUUGGCCAAAUUCAUCAAGAUAGAUAGAUAGAGUUUUAUUGAUUAAAAUCAAGAGCAUAACACUGCACCGAACCACCGCCAAAUUGAAUUAUACUUUCCUAACUAACUAUGAGUUGAAUCAAGCUGAUGAUUGCCAUAAUUGAAAGUCCAAGUGUUUUGGUACCUCUCACUAAAAUGAAAUGUCAACCAUGCAGUAUUCAUCUCGUGUUUUCAAAUUUAGUUUAAAUCCAAACUAAUUGAAUUCAUUAGUCCUUAUUAUAGUACUAUUCAUUUUAUAGUAGUCACUCUUGACAAAAUUUUUGUAAUUGUAAAUAAUAAUGAUUUUUAAUAAAAAAAAAUUUAAACAAUGGA